AUGAUCAUACAGUUGGGCACGAUCACCACCUUGUCUGCGUACCCGGACACGCUCAUCCUCGUGCUCACGCUGGAUCGCGUCUCCACGAUCGUGAUCUCUCCCGAGAACAUGUUCGCUAUCGUGUACAGCACCCUGUGGAUGCACAUGUACUUGUCGAUGUUCCGGCAGACGGUGUGGUGCCUGAGCUUGACCGCAACCCCAUUCCUGCUGAUGUCCACGUCAUUGUCGGUGUACGUCAACCAGUGUACGUCCGCGGCUAACCUCAUCUUCGUGUCCAUGAUCACCUCGGGGUUGUAUAUCAAGUUCACGUACGAGUACAGCACCUUCUCCUUAUCCACGGCCCUGAAGAUGGACGGAAACACGUCGGCCGCAAAGCUGAUGACGGGGCACUCGGACGUGUUGUCGCCUCCCCUCGAGAUGGUCUCGCCCCCCGAUCAAUCUCGCAAUCAUCAACACGAUCCUGGACUCGGGCAUGACGAUGGUGGUUUUUGCACACGUGUCUCCACGCUCUCGAUCCACGUCAUGUUGGUGAAGAUGGAGCUCGAUACGGACUGGACUGGUGACACGUCGGUGAUCCCAUACACGUACUUCUUCGCGUACUUCUACAUGACCGUCUCGAUGGUGCUACACAUGGUGCUACGCGAGGGCUUGUCGUUGGCCACGCACUUCGCCGUCCACGAUCACCUACAUCCUCAUGAAAAUCCCCUGGCGCCUCUCUUCGAUGCAGAACGCGCGUCGGCGCUGGACGUGCAGACGUCGACUGCGCCCGUCCACAACGUCACCACCGUGGGCCAAUACCGAAUCUACCACACGAUGUACCGGACCGACCGUACCAUCCUCGUCGUCGCGGCCUGCCUAAGCCUCACCGCGUUACACUGGGUGCGUCGUGCCGCGCGCGAGCGCAUGGACGUGGGCUCCAAGCUCGAGGAGGCCUGGUCGUCCUCUGCCCUGCGGUUUCUGAGAACUCUCUCAUUCUCUCUCCGUUCCUUCUCCUCCACGGUCUUCCCCCACAAGGCCGUGAAGAUCAGCCUGUCGCCCUUCGAGGUAGCUAAGACCCUGCACUACUCGACCGUGGUCGACGACCGAACCGGCACCAUAAUACCCUACAGUGUCCUCGACGUCGACAACAGGAAGAGGCCCGACCGGGCACCGCAGUCUGGCUCGAACCUGUCCGCCGACGAAUUGGUCAAGAUCCUUGGUUCCCGCAAAGUGCGCUACGGCGAGGUCACACCUAAUAUCCUCGGGCUGGGCUGGGCCUGGUCGAGUGUACCGACCCAGCCAAGGCGGGAAAGACUCUAUGAUUGA